AAAACGUGGACGUGUGAAAAAGAUGAAUCGAAUCAAAAAUAUUUUAAAAUUUUGUUAAAGAUUAGUAGUUUAACAGAUUCGAAAAUUAAUAAAGGAAGAUUAGUUUUCAAUAAUCACACAAGUAAGAAGAUGAUGAGGUGGACGCUUGUUGUAUUGGUGGCCUCUUGCUGGACGCUGUCACAUCAGAUGACAGAUGAGAUACUGGACACAGCCGACAUUGACGAUCUACUGGACGAGAUCAGCGAGGACGCUGAAGACUCUGAGGCCAACCUGGCUGAAGUGUGGACGGACAUCCUGAACGCCUUCAAGUUUCUCGAGGAGAAGCAGAUGGAGGAGGAGAUGAAGCGGCUGAGGGACGUGUCCAAAAGGCUGCCGGUCAAGCACCACAACUUUGUCCGCUUCGGCAAACGGUACAACCCGACACACAGUUUCGUCCGGUUCGGCCGGUCCGGCGACGAGGCCAAAGCAACCGGCGCGAGAAAACUGGACAAGAGAAGUUUUCAUUCGUUUGUCCGCUUCGGUCGCUCGGACCCAGCCCAGUCCAGCCGCGAUAGCCCCGCCCGUACGAAACGUGACAGUGACGUCACGGGGAUUGAAACAGACCUGGUGGAGCGCGUGAAGCCGCUGGAUGACGUCACUAGUAGCGACUUCCUGUUGAAGCUGAUCAGCUCGGGGAGUUUUGACCGGGAUACCUCCAGCCGGCUCGUCCUGCCGGUCUUCAAGCGGCGGAACCUGGGCACCGCGCGAAUCGGCCGGAUGCCGGCUGUUCUAUUUCUAAACCCAUCAAACAAAGAACCCGCCAGUGCCCAGGGGAGGACUUCGUCGUCCUCGGAAAUCACGCUGCCUCGUUAUGGUUAAACGCUGCGUCCGUCCUUGACACUUCACGCAACUCCAGCCUCGUUCUGAUUUAAAGAACAAGAUCCCGCCGCAACUACCAAACAAAACCCACAACUACCGAACAAAGCUCUACAACAACCAACCAUAACCCAACAUACAGACAACGGACUGAAGCAAAAUUAGAUGGAAGAAUCAACAACAUCAUGCACCAGACUUAGCAGAUUACACCGCGAUUUUCGUGUAUUUGUUCGCAUUCAUAUUUAUAACAACAAAAUAGUUCCCAGUACUUUAUAUUGAAUUUUCUUUUUACCACCUUACCUAAAUUGUCCAAUUUUGGUUCUCCUAUAAAUUUAACAUCAUUAG